GAAUUGUUUUUCCGAGAAAUAUGGAAGACUCUUGACAUGAAGAAGAAGUCUUUGCAAAAACAUAUUGAUGUGAAACGGCGAUUUGCAGUCGGAUUCCAUGACAAUGAAAGCAUUGAAAAUCUUAAGCUGUCAAUUGCUGAUGUCGUGUGCAAGCUUGAUCACUGGGGUGAAGAGCUUCCACAGUCAUGGGCUAUGUUUGAAACAUUCUUUCAGGAAAAGAAAAUUCGCAAGAUUUUGAGUACGGUCGAACUUCAGUCUUUUAAUGAAACAUUGCCAGAGGGAAUAAAGCUCAGUACUAUUGAAGAUAUGGAUUCCAUGCUGCAGUUCUUCCAUGGCAUUAGAGAACUCAUACACUUCAAUCAACAAUUCCUCAAUGAAGUUAUUAUCCUCGAUGUUCAGUGGUUUGCAGAUGCAUUUAGAAAUGUCAUAACAGAUAAAAACCAUGCAAAAGAAGAUUUAUUUGAAUUUGCUUCAGAAUGGGACAAAUUCAAUGAAACUGGAGAGUUAGAUGAAACAUUGCUAUCUGCCAUAUGGAGAAUGAACAACAAUGGUUACCUUGAGCACAAAGAGGAUAUCAUGAUGUACAUGGAGAAGCUUGGACUCUUAGCUAAAAUGAGCGACAAAAUAUGGUAUGUCCCGUGUAUGAACAAGAUGCAAUUUCCAGUAGACUGUUUUUCAACAUACCCUGCCUCCUCCAUCCUUUGCUACACGUUUGAUGUUCUUCCUGUUGAAAUUUUCCAUCGCCUUGUAGCAAUUUGCAUGCAGAUUCCUUGGGAGAUAUUUUCUGAUGAAGAAAGAGGAUGCAUUUACCAGACUGCAGCUAUUCUCGUGUUUCAUGACCAGCACCAUAACAUUAUGCUUGGAAUGACUCAAACAGAAAUUCAAGUGCAGAUGUUUGUUGUGGAGGGAGAAGUUGAUGUUUUAACCUGUCACCAGAUUAGAGAAAUCCUUGAACAUACCUUACAAAAUCUCUCUGACGCAUUUCAGAAGAACUCAGAAUUCCUAGUUGCGUUCAAAUGCAAACCUACUGGUUUUUGUGACAGCAGAGUAAGCGCUGUCAUUAGUGAUUCUAAGUUUACCAGAGAUACAUUUCAGUGUCCAUCCUGUCCGGCAAACAGAAAGCAUUGUGUCAACACAGAAGAUAUCACAAAAUAUUGGAAUCAGCAGGCAAACCUGAGUAAUCCCAACACUUCGACAGCUUGUGGACAAGACCAUGGGGGCCGAUCUAGAUUUGCCAAACUUGGAAUGGCAACGCACGACGUGUUAAAUCAGGCAUACCGAGAUAUACUAGAGAUGGAGGUUCAUCCAUCUGUUAUUUAUAGCAAAGUGAAGGCAUCGCCGAAUACUCAUAAAAGAUUACGCCCUGAACAAGAACAACUCUUACAAGCUGCUCAACAUUCAGGAUAUGCAAAUUUUGAUAUUUCACUAACAUACACGUUGCUAAGAAAUAUUUGUAAAAAGAUACCUAAACCAACAAAGGGAAAAUGGGGAGAAGACAGUAUGCCAACAGUAGGAGAAAUUACUGUUGGUGAUGAUAUCGAGAGAAUUAGGUUAAUGCGAAACAAGUUGGCUGCACAUGUGAGCUCAGCCUCCACACCUCAGACAGAAUUCAACAACACCUGGUCGAUUAUAUCAGAUCUCUGCCAAAGAUUAGAAAAUUUCACUGGAAAGGCUUACUUGGGUAACUUAAAUAAAAUAAGGAAACUGACCUUAAGAAAAGAAAAUGAAGAUGCUGCAAUAGAAAAGAUCAAAAUGGAAAGUCAGCAUGAAAUGGUGAAAGAAAUGUGGUCAGAUAUGAAAGAUGUGAAAGCAGCAAUAGAAAGGCUUGAAAUGAAGCAUUUAUCGAAUUAAGAAUAUAAAUCUUAGAACAUUUCAUGAAUACUUGAAAAUUUAAAUAUCUGUAACUUUAAGAAGACUUACUAGAUAAACCAAUUAAAUAUGAAUAAUUUAAUUCUUUUCAAAUAAAAGUGAAAAAGAUAUGAAAAUUUCAAUUCACUUGCUUGGUUUCA